AUGUUCUCAAACAACAAAGUAAAGAGCGGAAUAGUCCAAGAGAACGAAGACCCGAGACGGCAAAAAAAUGAACUUUUUAAAGAAAACAGAAGAGAAAACAAGGUUUGAAACAAAAAAAAAAACCGUUUCAAAAAUUUGUCAAUAGAGCGCGGAUGCUGAGGAAGUUAUCGGGCGCGAGUCAAGUAUUUUGAACUCCCAGCUGAUUGAGCUGCCAAUAAUUUCUUCCUCCAAUAAAAAUCGUGAGUUUUUUUUUCUUGGGUUUUCGUAAUCAAAAGGUGUUAGCGAGGUUAAUAGUGACAUAAUGUAGGAAAAUUAUGGUUGUUUGUUUUUGUAACUUUUUUUUUCUUGCUGUAUUGCCAUGAACUUUUUCCUCUGAUUGUUUCUCAAAAAAACCUCGGACCGGAGUGGCCACUAUAGUAGCGUCAGCUCUCUCAAGGGAUGAGCUUUAUUUCACUUUUCAGCAUCGAGUGUUGCAUUGAAACCUACAAAUAUCGCAUUGGGAUUGGAAAAUUUUUUUAAAUGUAGUGAAGCUCCUUCUUACUCACCCGACCAUAUGGAUGGAGACAUUGAUUUGGAUUCGAUAUUCCCAUGCAGUUCGUGAGUUAUACUGCUCAAUAGCAAAAAAAAAACCAAUUUUUUGUUUAGAAAUGUUUUGCCAAGACUUCCAACGCCAUUUUGUAAAACUAAUCAUUCGAAAAGGAACACUCCGAACUCACGCAUAAGCCAGGACGACCUUUUCGAAUCACAGGUUUGAAUGAAUUCAUUGUCGGUUCAAAAUUCAUGGUUUCAGUCGAAAUAUGUCAAGUCCAAAUACAGCGAAAACAACAACGUGGUAAGUAGGCUCACCCAUAGGCUGGCAGUGCUUUCUUAGGUAGAAGAAUUGAAUUUUGCCCGAAGCGCUCUUAAGACGAAGCAGAUAGAAUGUCCCUUCCCAGAAGUUAUGGUUAUCCAGUUCAGAGGUAUGCGGUUUUUUGAUGAGUGUAGAUUAUUUUCUUUUGUAACAAGGUUCGAAAAAGGUCGAUGUCCGGUUGGUGGCUCCAUUUCUUAAUUCAAUUAACGACCACGGCUGUUUCGUCAUUGUUACGAGAAAUGAGCUCUAUCAGUACGAAGGAGACAAAAGCAACAUCCUGGAAAGAAAUACGGUUUGAAACAAAUAAUUUACAGAUGAAUUUUUUUCAACUAUUAAGGCAGUUCGAUUUUGCACCAGCAUCGUAUCUAAAAGCGAGCUGUUCUGCUAUGCAAAAAAGGCGACAAUCGUAACAGGUAGCCGAAAUAGUUUUCUCAAAUAGGAAAUUAUUUUGGAAAGAAGUCUAAAGUUUUCUGAACUCACCCCAGACACUCUGAAGUUCUAGAUGAGUAUUUGACAUAGUUAAUACUCACGGAAACUUGGUCCUUAUGGGGUUUAGAGUUUGACCCUGGAGACUCUAAAACUCAAGUUGUCCCUAUCGGGGUCUUUCAAUUUCAUUAAAAAAACGCUUAUUCAUUUGGUUUCUCGCAUGGAAGGGUUUCUUCGCAUAGAUUUCAUAAAAAUUAUCGAUUAGCAUGCCCUCUAUAGGAGCCACUAAAUGAACGCUUUUUGGGACCACUUUUCCAAGCUUCAGUGACCCCUAGAGGCGACCUCCAAGGGCCUCUAAGAUUGCCCCUAUAGGGACCACUCUGGAGACCCUAAGAAAGCUCCGAAAUCUAGCAGGGUACGAUUCACUGCUGAAUACGGAGUUCAAAAAAAAAAAAAAAGAGUUCGAAAUCCCAAAAUAAAGCAGGUAGCGAACAUGGAAAUCUUCACCCAGCCCUUCAACGUCUUUCAAAACUUUUCUAAGAACUCCAGAGUAGUUCCUAAAGGGGCCCUUCAAGCUUCCCUUCUAGAGAACACUUUACCGACCCCAAUAGGGGCCUCUAAACUUGCGAAAGAGGUCCUUUAGGGGUUUUAUUUAGUGCUCCCUAGAGGCGACAUGCGAGUCGAUAAUUUUUUAUGAAACCUGUGCGAUUUUAGGCGAAAAACUAAAUAAAUAACCUUUAAGAAUGAAAUUGUAAGACCUCUAUAGGGGCCACUUAAGCUUUAGGGGCAAAGGGUCAGACGCCCUUUUUCGGUCUCAUUUAGGGGCUGUUUUUCCCCCUAACCUCUGUAGGGACCACUCUGAAAUUCCUAAGCUAUAGGAAAUCCAAAACUGUAUGCUCAAAUGUCUUCUUUGUUAUGGAACUCUUAUGCUCUCAGGAGAUCCGCUGAACUCCAUUCUCGUUUCGGCUCUGGAACCCGGAGAAGACUUCCCCGAGCGCUUCCAAAGUGUGGAUGGGUUCGAAAAUGUGGCUUCUGAGUGCAACGUCGUCUACCGGGUCGUUGGAGGAGCUCAGGUCGAGGUCCUGCUGUACGGCCGGAGGCUUUCGAUUUCUCUUCUAAAUCCUGACGAGGUACACUUUUCCUGUUAGUCUGGUCGGAAUGCUUGUUUGUGAGGGUAUGUUAUCAGAUGUUCAUAUUCGCAGUCGUAAGGUCAGUCACUCAUACUGGGCGGCCUCAUUUCGUAGUCCCUGCGUGUAUCAAUAAUGCAAUCUUGCGCUGUUCCAAAGGGCAAAACAUAUUUUCGCGAAGUCAUAACUGCGUCGUGGGGAUUUUCCGUGAGAGAUUGGUUAUCAACCGAAAGAAGACCGUGAAAAAUAGGUAAUACUGAAAAGUUCCUUUGAGGAUUCUGAGAGGGAGCUAAUAAAGUUUCUCUAAAAGCUCCUAAAAUGAUGUUCGAGCUCCUUUUUCAUAUCCUGAGCAAAUUUUGAAUCCCCUUGAAUCUUUUCAGUAGCUUCCAGCAUACGUUUUGUUAAAGGAUAUGAAAAAGAUGCAAAAAUGAGAUAAAAAGAUUUGCUAGGGGCCCUCACAAGGUCUUUUUUUUAGAAAAGCUUUUUAGGAUCUUUUUCACACGGGCAAUGUUCAAAAAGUCUAAAAAAAAGACUUUUGAAAACAAGGUUUUUAUGCAUAUUUUUUUCUUAAUUUUUUUGAAAAGGACUUUUUAGGAGGAAAAAAAGUAGGAUGCUGAGAAAAGGUGAAAAAAAAAGGAGAUUUCGAGAAACUUUUGGAAAAUUUUUAGAAACUUAAAAAGGAGCUUUAGACUCAUUUUUGAGGUCGUCUAGACUUUACCUGUCUCAGUUUUGGCCAAGAAAUAAAUAAUUAGUCAGUCUGCUUCAAAAAACUCAAAAUUUAAUUAGGUAUUCGUUUUCGACUUCGGCAGCGAGAUCUACGUUUGGACUGGGAAAAACUCGAGGAACCAAGAUAAACUCACUGCAACGGAUUUCUCUAGACAAUUGGUACUGCCUGAGUAGCUCAAAAAAUACGAUCUCUCGAGAUAUUUCAGCUUGGGAAAAACGUUUCGAAUGCGCGACUAGUUUUUGGAGUACCAGAUAACCAGAGACCCAAAUGGGCUCUUUCUCGACGUGUGUAUCAAAACGCUCAGGUAUUGAGGCUGCAAUUCCAAAUCAUCAGUGAAUAGGACCCUCUCUUCACCUUCAAAUUUGACGAUUGGAAAGAAAAUGUCAGCAAAAAAUGCAUUCCAGUGAAAGCAAGUCCUUCUCGAAAGGUAAAAGUUCUCGAAAUACGCAACUUUAAGAGAAAAUAGUCUAGAUUUUCGAAAAAAGAGCAAUUGUCAAGGAUAGUCCUGAAGAGUUGGCGACACGGAUGUUGGCUGAAGAACCUUCGGCUCCGGUUCUCACUCUAGGUUCUGAAACCGGAUAACCCCAUAAAUCGCAACCGAUUUUCAGAAAACCACGAAUUUAAAAGAGAUUUGAAAGACGUCGUAACGGAGGACGUUAGUUUAUGGCAUUUGGUAGACGAAAAUCUCGAGCCGAUUGAUUUCUCCAAUGUUUUCUAUUCUACAAAAUGUUACGUGCUCCGCUGGAAGUACAGAAUUCAAGUCUCAGGUUAGACUCGCCAAGGUCAAAACAGAAAAAAUGAAGAUUUGUAGGGGUUCGGCGUAUGAAGACAGGCGAAGUGGAAGAGCGGACGACUGGCAGAACUCGAAUCGCGUUUUUCUACUGGCUCGGUUCACGGUUGGUGGUUUUAUAGGCCUAAUAAACUGGACGAUUUUUUUCAAAACUGAAAUUUUCUAUCGGCAAUCGCAGUAAUCACAGGACGUUUCUAGGCAUUUCUAGGAUCACUCAAAAGCGCUGACGCUACUAAAGUGGUCACUAGAAAUGCUCCGACACGUCCGUUUCGCGUUACCAAGUCCAAGAUAGAAUUUAUACGAGCUCUAAAUGUCAAAUUUGAGGGGCUAGUUUUCAAAUAGAAUACAUUUUCGCAGAAUAUUUUAAAAGUAAGAGUAAAUGACUGUUAAAAAAUGGUUUUCAAUGCGUUUCAAAGUUAUCCUUUCCUCGGGCGAAUUCGAAAUUAUGGAUGAUAGCUGCUGAAAAGAGAGGCUCAAAAAAGGCCGCAAAAGGGGUCCUUUUAUGGAGCUUUCCAUUUUUUCUGGGAUUUUGAAGGCUUAGGGAAUGGUGGAAAAAGGAAGAGGCAGCAAAAAUGGUUUUCAUAAGGGCCGAUGAAAUGGCGCAAAAAGGCAGCAAAAAAGGAGCCUUUUUCCACCUUUCUGACUUUGCCUAUGUUGUAAGGUAACUUCCGUCAGUUUGAAUAUUUUGUAAUUUAUUUCUUUUUAUUAAAACGAAAUUGAUACGUGGGUCUUCCAGAACGACUCCCAAACAACACGGCCUUUGCGCGCUCCGGAUAAGGGACAUUGACAAAGAUAAAAGCCCUCACAUUCGAGUGGAACAGGGCAACGAGCACAGCGUUUUUCUUGCUUUAUUCAAUGGAUCAUUCGUCACAAAGUGAGUCACGAAAAAUAGGCAUUUGAAAAACUUCAUUUUUUAAGGUUCAACGACGAGCCCAAGGCACGCUUCGUUCUUCUGGGAGGAACCCAAACCGAAGCGUUCCUCAGCCAAGUCGAACAUGAAGAACCUCUCCGGUCACACGCCGUUUACUUGGAUUUGAGCUCACAUGUCUCUGGGAUUGCUGGUAGUCGAAUCUUUUUUUUAAAAACCUAUUUUUUUUCUCUGCAGGUUCAAAGUGCUCCGCAGCACACAUUCGUUUUUUACUCACAUUUAUUGAUACUCACGGGAAAUUUUUCGGAAUUAACAACGUGAGUUAAAAAGAUAAGGUAUAUGACGGAAUAACCUGUGAAAAAAGUAACCACAGACAAAAAACCUAAUGGACCGGACAGCCAAAACAUGCCCUCGAGUCUGGUGAAAGGAUGCUCCACGGUUAGUUCAAAAAAAAUCCAAAUUUCUAGGAUUUUUUCAACUUAUUUUGAUUUUCUUGUUCAGUUCUUUUGAUUUAACUUUUGAGUUGAGAGAAAAUCUAGUUUAAAACAGAAUAGCAGUAACCAAAAUAUGCACAAAAUUGACAUCUGGAUCUCAUUCUACAGUCCAAAAACUCAUGUCUUUGCAGAAAUUCUUACUUUAGAAACAAUCUUUUAAAUCAAUUAUGUGACCUUUCACAGCUUUAUUUAUAAAAUUUAUGCCCUUUUCCUACAAAGAAAUUUAAAAAAAUCUUAAUUAGCCAUGGAGCACACGGACUCGAGCGCCUGUUGCGGCUGUUCUGUCCAGGUUUCUCUGUCUCGGUCUGACCAGUGGAAAUUUAUUCGGUAAACGGCUAUUCUGUCAUAUACCCGAAAAAUAUUCGAAGGAAAAUCCUUUUAAGAUUGAUUUCAGUUGAGUGAAGUUGAAAUAAACGUAGAAGGAGACGACAAGAAAUUAAAAUGGAUCGAUUCGGAAGGAAGAAAGAAGGCGCCGUCAUUCUACCGAAUUUUUGAAAACGAUUUUGAGCAACUUCAUCACCCACACACUCACAACGACUGCGCGUUCACUUUUUCGCAAAAUAGUCUGCGAGACUGCGUUUUGGUCGACAUCGGCGGUGCCCUGUGGCUCUGGUCGGAACAACCGGCUACAACUUUUGCCCUGAAAGUCGCUCAGAAGUACUGGGCUGGUCGUCGCGGACCAUCGUUCCUCGUUCAAAAGGGCGAUGAGCCAAACGGCUUCAAAGCUUUAUUUGUCCAUUGGCAGGACUGGGAGGAGAAUGUGCAGAAUAACUCUUCUUCUCCUAAGUCAUUAUCGGUACGGGAGCCCCGAAAUACUUCACUAGGCUUUUUUUCAGUCAGUAUUAGCUGAUCGACUCCGAACAUUCAACGUGAAAGAACUGCGGGAAAGAAAAGAAUUACCGGAAGGUAUGGACUUGAGGAGACUCGAGGAGUACCUAUCCGAAGACGAUUUUUUCAAGGUUAAACCGAAAAUUGGGUCCUCAAUAAAUUUCAUUUUUGAGGUAUUUCAUAUGGAUCGCGAAGAGUUCUUCUCGUUGCCACAGUGGAAGCAAAUAGAACUUCGCAAGCAAGUUGGACUGUUUUGA